AUGCAAGUUCGUUGGUUUCCAGGACAAAGUACAGUCAAAUCUAUAAAAGAAAAGUGUAAGUGGAAGGCAUACAAAAUAAUUCGUUCGAGUUAUUAUCAAGACGUAGCUAGAAAAAAUUACUCUUUUGAGUACGGCAAAACGGCGCGUUUUGGAAAAAACUUAGUAUUUCUUGCAUACUUUAAAGACAAAGAUCAGUUGGACGCAGCUAAGGCAUUGGACAAAGGAGCAGACGAUACUUGGAUUAUUCAUGGUAAGGGUUUGGGCAAUCAACCGGUAGAGAUCUCAAAAAGGGACUCACGUAGUGAUUUGGUCAGCACUACGCCAAGAAAUAAUGGAAAAGUAAAGCCUGCAAAGAAAAUACAACCUAUAGCCAAGCCAACAAUUAUAGAAAACGUUAGUACAGACGAGGUGGUUGAUGUAGUAAAUAAAUAUAGGAAGAAUUUAUUAGAUGAAUCUCCACAAAAUAUCGCAUCAACAUCAAUAAAAGACUACGCCUCACCAAAGAAAGUUGUAGACAUAGUUUUGGAUUUGAGAGCAGAAAUCAACAAAGAGUUGUCACAGGAUGAAAAAGAUGAUGAAAAGUGGAUUGACAGAUGUAGAAAUGGGUAUGCUGCGCUAGUUACAGAUUUAAAAGAAAGAAAAAAGAAGAUGGAUGAAGCAAGGUUGGAACGUGAUACGUUACAAAAAGAAUUGGAAGUAGUUCAUACUAAAGUGAAUGAAAAUCAAAAAAUACUGGAUAAGAUUAAAAGUGAAAAAAGAGAUAAAGCAAAAUCCAAUGAAAAUACUAAACAGGUAUCACCAUUAGAAUUACACGAGUAUGAAUCGAUAAAUGAAACAUGUAGCAAGAGGCUAGAUGAAAAAAAGAAAAAAGAACCGAUUAGUACUCCAGAAUAUAUGGAGCGACAACAAGCGCAGCGUGAUAAUUACAGGAAGGACUUCGAAAAAGCAAAAGAAGCAGCAGAACAAAGGAAACGCCUAAGAAAGACACAAGGUGACCGUGUAAAAGAGGAAGAAGGAAUAGAAAGUGAUAGUGAUGAAGAAGAAGAAGAUCAAGUGGUGGUAAGUACAGAAGCGCAUAACAAAAGAGGGGGAAAACCAGGUAGUCGCGGACGAGGUAGAGGAGGCAGACGUAGAUUAGUUAAAAAGAAAUAG